CGAGGGACUGUGAGAAAGUGCAGUGGGACCCAGACUCACACAUUCAUAUGGAGAUGUGGGACUAUAAAUAGGAGGGAUGGAGCCAGCAGAGAGCAGAUCCAGCCAUGGCUCCUACCAUCACUGCACAGGAGCAUCUGACUCUGAGCCACAAGGUCAGAAAGCCUCUGGUGGAGAAGUUACGCAGAGAGCGAAUCAACAGCAGCAUCGAGCAGCUCAAGUGUCUCCUGGCUCCAGAGUUGGUCCAACAGCAGCCAGACUCCAAGCUGGAGAAAGCAGACGUCCUGGAGAUGACAGUUUGCUUCCUGACACGGCUGCAGCAGAGAAGACCGAUGAAGACCUGGGACCAGCUGCAGUCGGACUUCUCUCCUCUGAGCUCCACGCUCCAGGCUCCAGUCCACAGCGCCCCCUGGAGGCCGUGGUCCUCUCCUACACACUGAGACCAGCGGCGAGUUGUUACCGUUGUUUUCAGACGGAGAACUCUGAAGGGUUUUCACGUCCUGUUGGACUGAUGUUGUCUUUCGUGUGGAAAGCUUGUGUUCGAAGUUCACCUUCGUCCGUUUCUCAAAGUGAAGAGGAACAUCUUGUAUUCUAUGAAUAACAUUCUGCUGUGGAUUUGUUAUCAGUAUGUUGGAAAAGUGUUCUUUUUCCACGUGCAUCUACUUGAAUGUCUAUUUCUACAAUGUAGAAGAUUAUUGACCAUGUUGGGUCUUGAAGGUCUUGAAGUCGACUCUUCUCUCAUCAACUUGUUUGACGUUUGUCAGCAGCUUAUUACUCGUGUAAAUCUGAACGUUCAUUUCUUUCAGUGUGAGACAGUUGGUUCACUUUGUUUGAACUGUGAUUCCUUGUAUUUCUUUAUGAAAUUGUUUUUUAAUACUUUGUCUUGGAUUUCAAGUUUUGCUGUGAUGCAUCAUCACCAGUGUCUCUGUGGAGGCACAGAAAUGAAAUGUGACCUUUAUUCUCUUUGAAUAAAAAACACGUCAACUGCA